AUGAAGGUUAUUAGUCUUAAGAAGGAUUCAGUUACCAAGGGAGGAGCCGUUAUUACAUUAUUACCAGAAGACAAGGAAGAUUUGUUCACCAUUUAUCAGAUUAUAGAUAAAGACGAUGAGUUAAUAUUUAAAAAAAAGUUCACCUCUAAACUUGAUGAAACUGGCAAGAAAAAAAGUACCGAUUUGAUUAAACUAAAAAUUAAAGUAAUAUCCAAUGAAUUCGAUAUGAAAGGAGAGUAUCUGAAAUACAAAGGUAUUACUGUUACAGAUGAAACAGGAGACAAUAAACCUGUUGGUAAAUAUUUAGGGUUUACCCUAGAUUACGUAUAUCCUUUCACCAUUAUAAAGCAUAACUUUAAUAAAUUCAUGCAGAAACUUCUGAAUGACGCCUGUAAUGUUGAACAAAAAUCAGAUACUGCAGCAAUAGUUUUGCAGGAAGGAAUUGCGCAUGUUUGUUUAGUGACGGCCUCAUCUACCAUUUUAAAGCAAAAAAUUGAGUAUAGUAUGCCAAAGAAAAAGAGGGCUACUGAUGUUGUAAAAUUUGACGAAAAAACUGAAAAGUUUUAUAAGGCUAUUUACAAUGCAAUGAAAAAAGACCUUGAUCUUGAAAAGCUAAAAACCAUAAUUCUCUGCUCGCCCGGUUUUUAUGCCAAAAUAUUAAUGGACAAAAUAGUUCAGUAUGCCGAAGAAGAACACAAUAAGAAAAUCCUAGACAACAGAGGUAUGUUUUUUAUUGCUCAUUCCUCUACGGGCUAUUUGCAGGGUAUUAACGAAGUUUUGAAAAACCCUUUGUAUGCUUCGAAGCUGCAAGAUACCAAAUAUUCUAAAGAAAAUUUAAUAAUGGAUGAAUUUCUACUGCACCUAAAUAAGGAUGAUGAUAAGGCUUGGUAUGGGGAAAAGGAAAUCACGAAAGCUGCAGAGUAUGGAGCGAUAAAUUAUUUAUUAUUGACAGAUAAAGUUUUGCACUCAGAUGAUAUUGCUCAGAGAGGAAAAUAUCUAAAGCUAAUGGACUCUGUUGAAAGUAAUGGAGGGAAAGCGUUAGUAUUCAGUACUUUGCAUUCUCUUGGAGAAGAGCUCGACCAACUAACAGGUAUUGCUUGUAUCCUCAAGUACCCACUGCCCGAUCUGGACGAAGAUAAUAAUGAAGUAUGA